GAGGCGACAACGGGAAGCCCCUGUUGGAUCCUGGGCACUCAGGACCUAGUGCGCCAUGGGCGCCCUCCUGCAGCAGCCCCAGGGCAAGGAGGAUGGGGGUCCUCGUGGGGGCCACACUGUCGGAUCCCCAGGGAUCCGAGCGGGACUGUGACGUCUCCACACUGAGCCGGUGGCAAAGUCGCCGCGAGGAUGAAGGAGGAACCUCGUGCUCUUCACCCCACCAGGCCCCGCAUUUCCUGUCUCCUGCCACGGUUCCUUGUCGCGACCGGCGAGUCCUCCCAGGUCUUCGAAAGGCCGUUUUGUCCGGAGGCUGUGGACCCGGAGGCCCGGGAGCAUCGGCGGGCAGCGUGGCACCCACUCCGCGGUCUCAACCGGGCAGGACCCGGGUCCGGAGCUCGGGCGAAGCGGGCGUCCUAGGAGGAGCGUGCAGAACCCGGAGAGGACGCAGCAGGGUGAAAACUGAAACCGCAUAUGCGAACUGUCUCCGAAAGUCAUCUGUGGUUGAAAUCAGAAAUCACCUAUAAUAUCCCCUUUGUGGCAACACCGUUGGGGAGUCUUUAUGCCGUUUCAAACGAAUAUAAAUACAUAUUCUCAAUUCAGACGCGGAUAUUUUUGACCCUUGAUGAACCCUGUCACCCUGUCCUUCAGGAAGCCUGUACCAGUUUCCCCUCCCUCUACGGUGGAUGUUUCACCAUCCUCUGCCCAAGCUGGGUCAUCACAAUCACAGACAAGAGUGUCGCCAGCAUUGCCAUCCCGUGACAUGAGACGCUUUGAAGGUGCAUUACUUUGCACAGCAAUUCUGUGUCUGGAAAUCUAUUCUACACAAUGAAAUUGUGAUUCAUGCAAGCACAGUUUCUGCAGCAUUUCGCUUCUCUAAAAGUCACUGGAGACCGUCUGGAUCUUCAGACACAGACACUGGUUUCUUUUGUUGUGAUGCAGUCAUUCUAUGUAAUGUGCAGAGAUAAAAAGGAAAAAAUCUGUAUGUGCAGGUAUUGCAAGAUCUUCAAAGUGUGUUAUUUUGAGAUAGAAUCUGUGUUCAGCAGAGUGCCUAUGGGUUUAUAUUUGUUUUAAAAACCAGAAUUGAUACAUAAACACGUAUCUACUGUUAGUAAGGAAAACAGUAUUUCCAUAACUUAUUGCCAGUCUCUUUAUCCAUUUUAGGAAAAAUCGAUAUACUUGAAAAGCCAUGGUGGCAGGAAUUGGUCAUCACCCACCAGGAUUCUACACUGCCCUACAGGUGAUCCCAACUGAGGUUGCCAGAGGAACAGGAUGUGGAAUGCAGUCGCGUUUCAGAGAGGAACCUAAAGUCAGAAUGGACCAGGGGUCUUGCCCUGACCUCUGCCUCUUCACCCAACCCCCACCUGGUCAGGCAGUGACCCUGGAGGGGCUGGGAUGAUGCUGGGAGGGCCGUGAAAUGGGGAGCCAAUGGUGGGAGCAUGGUGAACAUGGAGAGCUCAGACCCCACACCAUCUGGGGAGGUGCUCAUGUGAUGCUGGGAGCACUAGGAAAGCAGGGAGCCUGGACACAGCACUCACUGCUCCUCCCAUCUGGGACAGGAUUGGGGUGGGUGAUGAGAAAAGUUUCCCGAGUAACACAGUUCCCAAUCCUGGCAGAAUGACUCACCCCAGUUGCACUCACAGCCGAGACCCACUCAGCCCCUGGACCAAUCUAACACAGGGCAUGGUAAAUCCAGGAGUGAAUACUACUGAGGCAUCUGCCAGGGCAUAGGAAACAGUAACAAGAGGACGGCUCAGCUAGUGGCUCAGACUAUCUUGCCCCACACUCUCCAAUAUUGAGAGCCUUGAGCCCAGGAGGUUGAGGAUUCAGUGAAUUAUGAUCGUGCCACUGCACUCCAGACUGGUGACAGAGUAAGAGUCUGUCACACAUGCUCACACACACAAAUUAAAUUGUGUGAGCAGUUGUCACACAGGGAGAUCUGGAUGCACUCACUGUGGACCCAGGUCUCAGGGAGCAGGAGGGUGUUCUGUAUUGUGGGAACAUGAGGGACACACAUGGGACGGGGCAUUUGUGCCUAGCUUUGAAGGGUGGCUGGCCCUUUGCCCAGGGGGAAGAGGCCAGCAGAAUGCACUAACAGUGGGGAACCACCAGGAACUUUCACUUGAACCUGCUCUGCUGAGCCCCCUGUGCCAUCCGUGGACCUGGGCGAGGGAGGCUGCUGAACUGGGAGCUCAGGGCCCAUCUCUCUGAGGAGCUUUCUAAAUCAGCAAGUGUGUCACAGGUUGAGAUUUUAGGAACGGGGUCCUCCAUGUUAUCCUCGAUUUUAAUAAGUAGACUCUUUUGGCCAAUCUGCAUUGGGCAGAGGAGGAACAAGACAUAAUUUUUAAUAUAUAUUUUUAAAGCUGUUUAAUUUUGGUAAAAACAUAGAAGAUAAAAUUUACCAUCUUGACCAGUUGUUUAGUGUACAAUAUGUUGUUUUAAACCUCUGGAACCCUGCCCGCUGCUCCUGUAAUAAAACCUAGCCCGGGCCAGGCGCGGUGGCUAAAGCCUAUAAUCCCAGCACUUUGGGAGGCCGAGAUGGGUGGAUCACCUAAGGUCAUGAGUUUGAGACCAGCCUGGCCAACAAGAUGAAACCCCAUCUCUACCAAAAAUACAAACAAUUCGCCGGGCCUGGUGGAGGGCGUCUGUAAUCCCAGCUACUCCGGAAGCUGAGGCCAGAGAAUCCCUUGAACCCGGGAAGCGGCGAUUGCGGUGAGCCGAGAUCACGCCACUGCACUCCAGCCUGGGCAACAAGAGCGAAACUCCGUCUCUAAAUAAAUAAAUGAAUAAUAAAACCUAGCCCGGACUGUAAUCACGUCCACUGGGAACUGGGGAAGUAGUGGAGGGGACGCGAUCAGUCCCGUUGCUGCGCCCAGAGCAUGAUGAGCCAGGGAACUCGCGGCGCAGGAGGAGGGAGGGAGAGUGUCGCGGACCCAGGCAGGGACAGGGAGACGCCGCCGCCUCUGAAUAUUCCUCUGCAAGUUUCUUCACCUUCAAUAAAAAAAGUUGUGAUGAUUAAAUGAGUCUGUCGUGGAAGGAACCGUGUCCUGGCAGGAGCCGGGCUGACACCCAGACACCAACCCGAAGGGGGCUGGGACAAAGGGGAGGGACGCCCGGAAAGGGGAGGGACACCGUCAGGGCAGCCAAUCAUAUUUCUAGCCGCGUGACGCGAUGACAGCGGGAAACGUGGGGCGCGCCCAUACAUAGGGAGGCUUUAAAACCUUGAGGUGAUUCAUCUUCCAGGCUCUCCUUCCAUCAAGUCUCUCCUCCCUAGCUCUCUGGGUCCCCAAUGGCAGCAGCCGCCGCUACCAAGAUCCUUCUGUGCCUCCCGCUUCUGCUCCUGCUGUCCGGCUGGUCCCGGGCUGGGCGAGCCGACCCUCACUCUCUUUGCUAUGACAUCACCAUCAUCCCUAAAUUCAGACCAGGACCACGGUGGUGUGCGGUUCAAGGCCAGGUGGAUAAAAAGACUUUUCUUCACUAUGACUGUGGCAACAAGACAGUAACACCCGUCAGUCCCCUGGGGAAUAAACUAAAUGUCACAAAGGCCUGGAAAGCACAGAACCCAGUACUGAGAGAGGUGGUGGACAUACUUACAGAGCAACUGCUUGACAUUCAGCUGGAGAAUUACAUACCCGAGGAACCCCUCACCCUGCAGGCCAGGAUGUCUUGUGAGCAGAAAGCCGAAGGACACAGCAGUGGAUCUUGGCAGUUCAGUUUCGAUGGACAGAUCUUCCUCCUCUUUGACUCAGAGAAGAGAAUGUGGACAACGGUUCAUCCUGGAGCCAGAAAGAUGAAAGAAAAGUGGGAGAAUGACAAGGAUAUGACCAUGUCCUUCCAUUACAUCUCAAUGGGAGACUGCACAAGAUGGCUUGAGGACUUCUUGAUGGGCAUGGACAGCACCCUGGAGCCAAGUGCAGGGGCACCACUCGCCAUGCCCUCAGGCACAACCCAACUCAGGGCCACAGCCACCACCCUCAUCCUCUGCUGCCUCCUCAUCAUCCUCCCCUGCUUCAUCCUCCCUGGCAUCUGAGGACAGUCCUUUAGAGUGACAGGUACUGUGGGCAGAAUUGGAAGUGGAGCAAGGAGCAGGUGGGUGAGGAGGCAGGAUGGGGAAAGAGAAUUCCCGGAGUCCCACCCCUCCCCGUGGCUGGGACCUUCUCAUCCUAACAUGAGACAGGUGAAUGAGACCUUGUGUCGCCUGUUGGCAAUGUUGGCAAUGACCUGGGCAGCUCAGCCCUGAAUUCUGGUGGAUUCUCACCUUCAGAGUCCAGAGGGAAAGGGAGGGGCCCAUACCAAGUCUCAGUGUCAUUGAGCUUGAGAGGGUUUAGCAAGUUCAGGCCUGAUGCAGAGCAGGUUUCUGUUUAGGAAGGGUGUGUGGCCUGCAGGCUGCAGGAAUUCAGACAUGGGCAAUCCUCUUAAUUGGGUUAGGUGCAUCAUGGUAGCUUUACAUGAGGUGUGACAGGGGAAGGGUGAUUCCAUCUCUGAGGCUAAGAGAGAUCUGGGUGUAAUCCCAGGAGGAGGGGGCUGGGAGAGCCUUGGUACACCUAAUUGAAAAGGAGGGAGUGCAGGGCUGCCUUCCCACAGAAAGUGGCUUGGGUUCCAGGAAAUAAGGUGGAAGGUGAAGAGUACAGGCUGCUCAAGAGAAGGAUUUUUAAAAAGUCAGUCCCAUGGACACGUGCAGCUCGAGUCUGGGCCCUGAGGCAGCUCCCCUGCCAUCAUCCUCCUGCACACCCCGGAUCCUGAGCCCACUGAUGGCCCUGCCUGGAGCAGAGUGGACUCAGAGGAAGGGGGGUCUGAGCUGCUGCUGGGGUUCCACCGGCACCACUGGGCUGGACAAGGAAUUGAUAAGGUGGAACAGGGACAGUCACCUUCAGAGCAAUGGGUGCUGCUCCCAGUGUGAGGAGAGGCUCAAGAAGAAGGGGGAAGAAGGAUGUUUGCCUGCAGGCCCACCCAAAGCCAAGGGCACAGGAAUAUGGAGCCCUCUUUUUGGAAGUCUGCCCCACCCCUUGCCUGUUUUAGGCCCUCACAUCAGAUGAUAAAGAGGGCCUUGAGUAAGGGGGCGGACCCAUCACUACUAGCUUCAGACCUGUGGGCCCCUCCACUCUAUCCCCUGGUCAGGUGCAGGGCCUGGGCUGACUCUGUGAUGUGACAGAGGAGGAAAGAGGUUAGUCCAAGCUGCAGUCACCAGGAUUGGGGCUCAAGGGAAAAAUAGGUUUUUUAGUGCAGGGGGCUCUGAGACAUGGAGUGACUAGGGAAAGAUUACCCUGGAAAAGUGAUCCGGGUUCUCCGCCCCUUAAACCAACAUUUGUGUCCUUUCUGAAGGUUAAAGAUGUUACCAAAAAGCCCCUGUGAGCACGGUUCGAUCAAACUCACCCUUCUGGCUGGCCACCUGCCCACCACCUACGGUGUAUGGCCAGCGGCCUCCAGCAGAUCAUGAUGACAUCAUGGACCCAAUAGCUCAUUCACUGCCUUGAUUCCUUUUGCCAACAAUUUUACCAGCAGUUAUACCUAACAUAUUAUGCAAUUUUCUCUUGGUGCUACCUGAUGGAAUUCCUGCACUUAAAGUUCUGGCUGACUAAACAAGAUAUAUCAUUCUCUUUCUUCUCUUUUUGUUUGGAAAGUCAAGUACUUCUUUGAAUGAUGAUCUCUUUCUUGCAAAUGAUAUCGUCAGUAAAAUAAUCACGUUAGACUUCAGACCUCUGGGGAUUCUUUCCGUGUCCUGAAAGAGAAUUUUUAAAUUAUUUAAUAAGAAAAAAUUUAUAUUAAUGAUUGUUUCCUUUAGUAAUUUAUUGUUCUGUACUGAUAUUUAAAUAAAGAGUUAUA